UGGAAGAACGAAGAAAAGCAUAUAUCUGAACACAGGUCGCUUCAUUUCUCUCUUACACAUUAACGUGGAAAAAAACAAAUACGGUUAUAGAGAGAGAAACUUAGAGAGAGAGAGAAACGAUGGAGGAAAACUCCAUUGACCUCAAAACCACCACAACCAUGGCGGUGGUUUCCGAUAACCACGACAACACCAACCUUGUUACCAAAGCCAGAGAAGAAGGCGAACUCUCUUCUUCUCCCGAUGUUGACGAUGCCGAAGAAAACCCUAAUGGCUCUACCGUGCAAGCCACCCUUGCUACAGGGUCAGGUUCUGUUCCUUUGGUGAAACAAAGUAUCCAAGGCGUUCAGGGUGGAGGCUCCAAUAAUAUACAGACGCGAACAGCUAUACAACCAAUUUCUCGGAAGAUCAUCAUAAAAAAGAACCAACUACCCCCUAAAUCUUCUCCAUGGACUGGUCAUGCAAGUGAUGAUAAUAAUCUUGUGAUAAGCUUUUCUGAUGAUGACAGUGGUAGUGAUAUUGAAAAUAAAGGUACCGAUUCCAGGUUGGAAAGAAAUAAUAAGCGUCCUAGCUCAUCCUUGCAAAAUUCAAACAAGUUACAGUUACAGAAAAAUGCUAGAAGUUUGCAUAACGAAACACCCAUAAAAUUUCCUUCUAAGCGCACAUUUACCUCGUCAGUGACCAAGAAUCCUAGUUCUAUUUCUAAGGGUGCUGGAUCCUGGUCAUUGGGACAAGGUCCACGAGCUAGAAAUUUCAAGUCAACGAACAAAACUUUAGCUAGCCAAGAGUGUGGACGUGACCAAGGAGCAGUAUCAAACGACAAUAAACUUCAGGAUUUGCGGCAUCAGAUUGCACUUCGGGAAAGUGAACUUAAGUUGAAGGCAGUCCAGCAAAUGAAGGAGUCUGCUUUAGUUUUGGGUAGGGAUCCGAAGAAUGAUACAACUAGGAAACAUAUUCCAGUUUCCUCAGGAGCUGCACAAUUGGAGCCGAAAGGACCAGAUAGGAAGCGCAUGAAAAUCGACACAUCUCAUGAUGCCCCUCAGGCUGUUGGUGGUCAGCAAGUUCCUGUUGUAAAAUCUAUAUUACCAUCUAAAGAUUCUCUGUGUGGAAACAUUUAUCCUCAGGAGAGAAACAAGGUUGAUCAUAACCAGAAAGAGAUCCCAUUAUGUAGAGGGGAGUCGAUAAUCAUCAAAUCACAAAGGGAAACUGGCAACCAUCUCAGCAACUCAGUACAAAAUAUGCCUUGUAGAUCAAGAGAAGGUGAUGUCAAUUAUGAUUGCAAUCAGACUGACAAAAGUAGUAGGCUGGUUGACCCAGCUUUCAUCCAAAGUUCAAUGCCAGCUAGCAGCGUGCCGACUAAUUUAGAAGCAUUAAGCAAUGCUGUUCUUAUGACUGAUAAUGGUAAUGCAAAUGUCUCCGAGCAUAGCAACAUUGAUUUACAGUCGUUUAUUGAUAUGGAAGAAUUGAUAGAUAAACUGGAGGAAGCUCAAGAGCACAGGCAUAAUUGUGAAAUUGAAGAAAGAAAUGCAUACCGAGCUUAUGUUAAAGCUCAGAGGUCUUUGCUUGAGGCUAAUGCUCGAUGCAACGAUCUUUAUCACCAAAGAGAGGUGUAUUCAGCUAAGCUACGAUCCGACUUCUCUUUGUCUUUAAGACAGCACCAACAACUUGGUAUAGGUCUAGAUUACUUACCUAAACUUGGAUAUGAAAUACCCACAUCAAGCUGUCUGAGGCAGGCAGAAUAUAAUAUCAAUAAUCCUAGUUUUGAUUCUAAUGAUCAAGGCAUCAAUAAUAGGCAUUCUGAUACUUCCUGUCACCACAAAAAUGGAGCAAAUUUAGGAUCUGAGCCUUGCAUUGAACCAGAUGCUAGUACAUCUGAGCCAUUUUCUCAAAGGGGUAAUCAUGCUGCGGAUGGAGUGUAUUCUCCUAUGGAUGAAGUCGACACAUCAGAUAAUGAAAAUGAAGAGAUUUCUCUAGCUGGACACACUUCUAAUAAUCUUGAUGCCGAAUAUCGUAGAAAACAAGACUCCAAGGCGAAACAAAUAGACUUAGACACUGCAUCAAAUGCAGAUUAUUCCACCGGCAGUCCUCAGGAUUCUUUGCUUCUUGAAGCAACAUUAAGGUCUGAAUUAUUUGCACGGUUAGGGAAAAGAGCUAAGAAGAGUAAUAUUCCAUGCAACAACUUUGAAACUGCUGAACCAGGUGCUGAAAAUGAGGUUGGAAGUGAGAAAAAUCGAGUGCAUCAUGGCACUGUCCCAUUGAUUAAUGCAGAAAACAAUGAUCUCAAAGGAAAUGAAAGGAAAGAAAGGAACAUUCAUAUGGAUUCCGAUGAGAUUCAAAGUCAGCAAAACAUUGGUGCAAAUACUGUGAAUACCAACUGCAGUGCUGGUUUAGGCGAUCAAGGAGAUAUGCCUUCUCAAGUUUAUCACUCAACUAAUCCAGUGAACAUUCCACCUUUGAUUUUUAGGAGUGCAUUUAGUGAGCUGAGAGAAAUGUCCCCAUUUAGUUUAAAUCAAUUACCAAAUCAAAAUAAAUCUGGUCAUGAUAAUGAUGGUCAAAGUCAAAAUGCUACUUGUCUCAGUUCUGAUGAAGCAAAGAGGAGCAUGUUGGCAAUCUCAAUGGCUGUCACCAUUGGGAAUUCACUCUCGGAAGAAGGCUCCUAUGGCUGCAGUCCUGAAGUUGAUCCGUUUUGGCCGCUUUGCAUGUAUGAGCUGCGAGGAAAAUGCAACAAUGAUGAGUGUCCUUGGCAGCAUGCCAAGGACUAUGGUGAUGGAAACAUUACUCAGCAUCAGCACACUGAUACUAAUAAUGGAGAUUCUCAAGAUAGAUCGCCGUUGCAUGAACAAAACUGUAAUGGUGUGACAAAAGUUACCAAGUAUCACAAAGCUACUAUUCUGCCAACAUACCUUGUUAGUUUAGAUGUUCUAAAAGCGGAUCAAUUUGCAUAUAAACCCAUUGCUGCGCAUAGGAUUGCUCAACACUGGCAGAAGCAUUUCAGUAUCACUUUGGCUACUUCGAAUUUGCUACAAAAUGGGUCAGCCGAAGAUGGUCCCUUAUCACAUGGUGGUGAUGAACGCAUUGAGGUCCGUGGGACGUGGAGCAAGCAGUUAUCUUUUCAGUGGAGAAAUGGAGUUGGGAAUCAAAUUAAACAGGCUAUGACUGAUAGUGAGCAAGCUGUUGAGAUGGCCCUUCUGAUUCUCAACCAGGAAAUCAAUAAGAUGCAGGGGGUGCGAAAGGCUCUAUCUGUACUGUCCAAAGCUCUGGAGACUAAUCCAACAUCUGUGGUAAUCUGGAUAGUUUACUCACUCAUUUACUAUGGAAGUUUUGGGCCAAAUGAAAAAGAGGACAUGUUCUUGUAUGCGGUUAAGCUCUAUGAAGGAUCUUAUGUACUGUGGCUCAUGUACAUCAAUAGUCGGAGAAAGCUUGAUGAUCGGAUAGCUGCCUAUGAUUCUGCCAUCUCAGCUCUCUGUCGGCAUGCAUCUGCUGCUCCUGAAGACAAAACGUGUGAAAGUGCAUGCAUUUUAGAUCUGUUUCUGCAGAUGAUGGAUUGUUUAUGCAUGUCGAGGAAUGUUGAGAAUGCCAUUCAGCGAAGUUAUGGAGUUUUUCCAGCUACAACUAAAUCUGACGUGCCUAAUCUUCUGUCACUCUCAGAUUUACUCAAUUGCUUAACAGUUUCUGACAAAUGUGUGUUAUGGGUUUGUUGUGUUUACUUAGUUAUUUACAGGAAGCUUCCUGGUGCUAUUGUUCAGAAUUUUGAAUGUACGAAAGAUAUCCUUGACAUUGAAUGGCCCAUUGUAAGUUUAUCAGAGGAUGAAAAGGAGAGGGCUGUUAAACUUAUGGAAACAGCAGCCGAAUAUAUAAACUCUCGUGCCUUCACAAUGGAAAGUGAAGAUGAUCUCAAGUGUGCUCAGCAUUUUGCUCUCAAUCAUCUCAGAUUCAGGGUUGCUCUUGAUAGAAUAGAAUGUGCAAGGAGUCUGUUUGAUAGAUAUGUUAAGUUGUACCCUUUCUGCAUAGAAUUGGUCCUGGUCUCAGCUCAAAUACAGAAACAAGAUCUUGGCGUUGGUAAUUUCAUGGUAUUUGAGGACACAAUUAGUAGAUGGCCAAAAAUAGUUCCUGGAAUCCAAUGCAUUUGGAAUCAGUACAUUGCAAAUGCUAUCCAUAAUCAGAGGAUGGACCUUGCAAAAGAAAUUACAGUCCGAUGGUUCCAUUCUGCAUGGAAAGUGCAGGAUCCCCCGUAUGGCGGGACGGAUGCCACUGAUGAUGGUAAUUCUUGUGGCUUAGUGGGAUUAGGGUCAAAAUUUGUUUCUGACACAUCAAAUUCUGGUCACAAACAGAUGGAUAUGAUGUUUGGAUAUCUUAAUCUGUCCAUUUAUCAUUUUUUCCAGGAGGAUAAAACAGAAGCAAGCAUAGCUGUUAAUAAGGCUAGGGAUACUGUCGGGUUUGCGGGUUUAGAUCAAUAUAUAAGAAAAUAUGUAAUGUUUAUGGUUUGUGAUGCAUCUAGCUUAAACGAGGGUGAUCCUGAGAGUGUUGUCAAGAGGAUGUUGGAAGUAUAUAUGGAUGGUUCCUCCCAGGCGUUGCUAGCCCCUAGAGCGCUAACAAGAAAAUUUCUUGACAGUAUCAAGAAGCCAAGAGUACAGAAUCUCAUUGACAACAUAUUAAGGCCAGUUUCAUUUGAUUGUUCUGUACUAAAUUUGAUGCUUCAAUCAUGGUUUGGUUCAUCUCUUUUACCUCAAACUGUGAGUGACCCAAAACUUCUUGUUGAUUUUGUUGAACGCAUUAUGGAGGUAGUUCCUCACAACUUUCAAUUAGCUAUUGCUGUUUGCAAACUUUUGAGCAAGGAUUACAGUUCUUCUGAUCUAAACUCAACCAGUCUGCAGUUUUGGUCUUGUUCAACCCUGGUUAAUGCAAUUACAGGUGCUAUCCCGAUACCACCAGAAUAUGUCUGGGUGGAAGCUGCAGCGUUUCUACAAAGUGCUAUGGGAAUUGAGGCAAUAUCUCAGAGGUUUUAUAAGAAGGCUCUGUCAGUGUAUCCAUUUUCUAUAAUGUUGUGGAAAUGUUACUAUAAGCUGUUUUUGUCCAAUGGAGAUGCAAACAGUAUUAUUGAAGAAGCAAAAGAAAGGGGUAUUAACCUUGAUAUUCCUAGUUGAUUGAAUGCCAGGUGGGAGGAUCAACAACAUAGAUGAUUUUUUAACUCUAUAUUUAGAAUAUUUGGAUGCAGUUUUGAUGGCAGAAAUUUCUUGAGUACAGGUAAGUAAAAUGUGAAUACACUAGCAAUGGCAAGGUAACUUCUUAGGAAUAUACUAUACAGUAGGGCUGAAGAAAAUUUUGGAUUACUGAUCUUCCUUUACCUGUCUUCUUUUUUGGUUUUCAUCACCUCCCAUUCCAAGUAAUCACAUCUUUACCGUGACUGAUGUUAAGACCUGAAUUCAUCCUGGAUUAGGUUGUUAGCAUUUCUUCUUUUUCACAUACUAUGCUGUGAAUGUGGUAGUUUUCUCGACAGUCAAUACUACAGGUUGUUACAUUACAGAUGAAUGAAAGAAUAUUUUUGUUGCCUA